UAUAUCAGACGUGCUCAAGGAUAAGUUUGUAGCAGGUUUAAGACCAGGUCCGGUACUGGACAAAACUGUAGAAUCCGAAGUCACCAUAGAAUUAAAGGCGAUCGUCGACAUAGCUGUUGCGAAGGAGAUUUUUUGUAAUCAAAACACGGCAAGCUAAUUUAGUAGGCAGAGAUUUUAUGCAAUUAUUUAAUAUUAACUUUUCAGGGUUAAAUGUAAUUGACAUCCAUGAUCAUGCCUCUGUGAUGAUAACACGUGAAUUUCCCGAAGUUGUGAAUGGAGGGUUAGGCACAUUUAAAUAUGCCAAGAUUACGUUAAAGUUGAAAGUUAACGCCAUUCCAAGCCACAGUAGACCACUACCAGUUCCAUUGGUAUUGAAACCUAAGAUUGAAAAAGAAUUGGAUCGUUUAAUUGCUAAUGGUAUUAUUACGCCAGUCAUUUCAUCUGAUUGGUCAUCGCAGAUUAUUCCUGUCAUGAGAAGUAACGGUACGGUAAGAAUAUGUGGUAAUUAUAUUAAGUUGAAUAAGGAGUUAGAGGACGUGUUUUAUCCACUGCCACGCAUUGAUGACAUUUAUGCGAGUUUAAGUGGGAAUUCAAAGUUUUCUAAAAUAGACUUGUCUGAUGCUUAUUUACAGUUUGAGCUUUCGGAUGAUUCAAAAGGUCUCGUCACAAUUUCAACACAUAAGGGUCUCUUUAGGGUAAAUAGAAUGCCAUUUGGAGUGAAAUGUAGCGGAUUUUAUUUCCAAAAGCACAUUGAGCAAUUGUUCCAAGGCAUACCCAAUGUCUUCAUCUUUCAAGAUGAUAUAUUGGUAGGUCAUAGGGAAGAAGAAAACGAAUUGGAAAUAUUACGAGAAGUUUUUGAUAAAUUGGCAAAAGCAGGGUUAAAAGUCAAUGUCGAUAAAUGUAAAUUUCUUCAGGGAGAAAUCAAGUACCUGGGGUUUGUGUUAACAAAACAGGGACUGGCUAAGGAUAAAGAAAAGCUACAAGCCAUAAAUGUAAUUCCUUAUCCAACCAAUAUGAAAGAGUUACGUUCCUUUAUCGGGAUGGUAAAUUAUUAUUCGAGGUUUGUUCCCAAAAUGUCUGAAUUAUUAGAACCCUUAUAUAUAUUGUUAAGGCAGGGUCAAGAAUUUAAGUUUGACGAGGGGUGUAAGAAUGCUUUUGAUAGGUUAAAGUCAAUUAUUAUGACAGAUCAAGUAUUGACAUAUUUUGACCCAGGGUUACCAAUUUAUAUUACAACCGAUGCAAGCAAAACUGGUAUGUCAGGGGUACUCUCUCACAUAAUGCCAGAUGGGGUUGAAAGAAUCGUAGCCUGUGUGUCACGAACGUUUACCAAGGCAGAACUUAAUUAUUCUACAGUUCAUCGUGAAGCGUUAGCGUGUAUAUUUGCAAUAAAAAAAUUCCAUGACUAUAUUUUUGGUCAAAACUUUACAAUCAGGACAGACCAAAAAGCACUUAUAGCAAUAUUAGGUAAUAAUAAAGAAACAAACCAGACUUACGCGAAUAGGUUAAAAAGAUAUGCACUUUAUCUUUCAAAUUUUAGUUAUAAAAUUGAACACAUAAAAGGGCAGAAGAAUGUGAUAGCAGACUGUUUCUCUAGAUUAACAAUAGGUAAUCAAGCAGAUAAUAAUGUAGAUACAUAUGAUGAAAAUGGACUUUAUUUUACCGACACUUCAAUUAUUGACAUUAGUCAAAUUCAAAGCGAAACUGAAAAAGAUGAAAAUCUUAAGUUAGUGAUGGAGUAUUUAAAAAGUUCAUGGCCAAAUGAAAUUAGUUCAGAAUUAAAACCAUUUCAUAACAGGCGAUUAGAGUUACAGACCAUAGCAAAUUGUUUAUUUUGGGGGCACAAAAUUGUUGUACCGCUCAAAUUACAAAAACAAGUAAUGUUAGAUCUGCAUGCGUCACAUCAGGGCAUUGUGCGUUCAAAAGCUUUAGCUAGAUCAUAUUUUUGGUUCGUUGGCAUGGAUAAAGCGAUUGAGCAAAUGUGUAAGUCAUGUGUGGCAUGCACCAAAAUAAAACCAUGUCCAGACAAAAUAUAUGUACCAUGGCCAAAAUCACAUACACCAUUUGAAACUGUUCAUAUAGAUUAUUGUGAUCUUGGGAAAACUCACUUGUUAGUGAUUGUGGAUUCAUAUACCAAAUGGUUGGAAAUAUAUGAAACUCCAGUCAUAACAAGUAAAGUUACAAUAGAAAAAUUACGCGAUUGUUUUGCACGAUUUGGACUACCGUACACGGUGGUAUCAGAUAAUGCUACAGUCUUUACAUCACAAGUGAUGCAACAAUUUUUUACGAAUAAUAAAAUCAAGCAUAUGACCAUUGCACCUUACUCUCCACAAAGUAACGGGCAAGCUGAGAAUUCAGUAAAAACUGUUAAAACUAGUUUAAAGGCCGCUUUAGCGGAUUGUUCGAACACUGGAGUAGAGUUGUCAGUUUUAAUUGCGAGGUUUCUUAUCACAUACAGAGACACUCCACAUUGUGUAACAAAAAAAUCACCCGCAGAAUUGUUAUUUGGGAAACGAAUUAGAACGAAAUUUGACCUUUUGAUUCGACCGAAAUAUCAAACAAAUGAUGCAAACCAAAAUAACGAAAAGAUGACAAGAAAUGUACGUUCAUUUCAUAGGGGGGAUGUAGUACUAGUCAGAGACUACCAUGACAUCAAUAAAGUACAGUGGAUGGAAGCACAAAUAGAGGACAAAAUCGGGUCAACUAUGUAUGAGUGUAAAACGAUAACAGGAGUAAUGUGUAGACGACACGUAAAUCAGAUUAAGUUAUUACGUAAAGCCAAUAAGGAAGGGAAUGUGGCUAUGCAUGACGUUGAUGAUAAAACAAUUGAAAAUCAUUCAGAAAAUGACAAAGUAGAAAUCCAUUCUUCACAUUUUGAUGACAUUACAGGUCAAGGUUAUCGGCAUAGGUAUGAUCAGGAGAUGACACAGGAAUCCAGAAACAUAGUAGAUACACCCAUUGUAGGUCAAGAUAACACCGCCUCAGAGACUAGACCUAGAAGGGGAAUACGUUUACCAAGUAAAUACAAUAAUUAUGUAAUGGGUUACAUUAGAUUAAGGGGGGAGAUGUGAGAUGUAUGACAAAUGCCAUAUACAGUAUGGGAAAUGGACUGUAGAAAAGUAAGGAAAUAAAAUGACAUUCGGUACUCGAGCGAGCAUGAA